CUGUAGUUGCUGCUGAGUAUAUUGUAAAUUAACUUAAAGUUCCCACCCAAGAAGUGUCUGCAGAUUAACUCCAUCAUUAUUAGCACAUCUUGGCCAUCCUAUAACAGGGAAAAAAGAAAAGGGACCAGGAAUAGAAGCAGCGAGGGCAUGGAAAUUACCUCAACAGUGUUUUGAUACUGAGCAGGGGGCCCAAGUUCAUGCAAGACUAGCACCACUUAAAAUGGACUAGUAGUACUUAAAGCCAGAUUACAAGUCUUGAAGGGAGGGUGUAUUUUGGCUGCAUCAGGAGGACCAAACUGAGGAGGAUCUGCGAUGAUGCAGAAGCAAAAUGGUAUGAUCAAAAGAUGAAGACUGUCGGCAUGGACUCUGUUCUUUGAUUUUUCACAUGGCCUCGUUUUUGUUCCUGGUUGAGGGAACUGGAAUACAGCAUCUACAAAGUACCUCCUAAAAACAGCAGGAGGUGAUCCCCUGGUUUAUAUAAUUCAAUUUACACAGUUCUGUCUAAUUAGAUAGUAUUCUACUUCAGUAGAUCUGUUUGGUUGCAUCAGCUAUGCAAAACAUCACCAAGGUCCCAGAUAGAAAUGCACAUAAACAUCCUGAAUUCUUCGUGGCUGUCAAAAACUAAAAUUGCAGAAUGAUUACUGUGUACAGAAGAAGAAAACGCCAGCUUCUAAAACUAAUUUUUAUUUGUUUUUUCUUUUCCCUUGUCCCAAUUUAUCGGGAGCAACUGGAUGCAAAUGUCAUUAGUCACGUGAAAUCUUAUUCAUACAGAUAUCUCAUUAAUAGAUACAGUUUUUUGAAUGAUAGCCUGACUCUGACCAAGGAGACAGCAGCUAGUCUUCACAGUUACCAGUACUUGAUAACCCAUGCAAACAAAUGCCAGGAUCAGGAUGUGUUGCUGCUUCUGUUUGUGAAGACUUCUCCUGAAAACCGUCCUCGGCGGGAUGCUAUUCGUCAGACGUGGGGCAAUGAACGCUAUAUAAAUUCAGAGUUAAAAGCCACUAUAAAAGUAAUUUUUGUUUUAGGUGUACAUAAAGAACUCUCCCAGAGAGAUCUUGUACAGAGUAGGUUACUAAUGGAAGAUCAACAACAUUUUGACCUUAUCCAACAGGAUUUCUAUGAUGACUUUCACAAUCUUACAUUGAAACUAAUCUUCCAGUUCAAGUGGGCAAAUACUUUCUGUCAAAAUGCUAAAUUUGUCAUGUCAGCUGAUGAUGAUGUUUUUGUGCACACUCCAAAUCUAGUAAACUACCUGUUGCAGCUGGAUAAAGGGAUAAGUAAUUUCUGGAUUGGUCGAGUACACAGAGGUGCACCCCCUAUAAGGAACAAAGAAAGCAAAUACUAUGUUUCGUAUGACAUGUAUCGGUGGCCUGCUUAUCCUGAUUAUACUGCAGGUGCUGCAUACGUUGUUUCCCAGGAUGUGGCAGUGAAAGUUUAUGAGGCCUUAAUGACCCUGAACAGCAGUCUUUAUAUUGAUGAUGUUUUUAUGGGUAUAUGUGCCAAAAAAAUGGGAGUAGCACCACAACAACAUAUUUUUUUUGCUGGUGAAGGGAAGGCCCCUUACCAUCCAUGUAUUUAUAAUGAAAUGAUGACCUCUCAUGGCCACGUGAAAGAUAUCCACCAUUUGUGGCGGGAGGCUACACAUGCAAAAGUGACUUCUCUCACUUCUGGAUUUUGGGGACAACUUUAUUGUCGACUGGUCAAAGUAUUUCUUCUCUGCAAACCAUACUUUGUGGACACAUAUCCCUGUAUUGCUGCAUUUUCCUAGUGUAGUAGCUACAUUGAAAAAUAACUACACUGGGCUUUUUUGGGGAUGGGGGGGAAGCUGACAGUAAAUACACCUCAAAAGGAGCAGUUGUCAUGUUAGACACAGUUGACCUGUAACUACUCUUGCCAGAGUGAUUUUUGUCUAUCCAUAAACUUUGAAAAAUAAAUUUUAGGUAUAUGGCACUGAGUAUAUACAGGUUUUACAAAGUAGCAAACAAAAAGAUUAAAGACUGGUGAAUAAUAUGUGCUACCAGUGAGUGGUAUUUUUUCCAGAAGCUGUCUGAAAAGGUCUAGUUGGGAAAAAUGGUGAGCAGCGAACAAAUGGAGGGAGAUUUAAAGGCAUUAUUUGACCAUCCCCGAUUAUUCCGCCAUGAAGCAUUUCCCCAACUAGCCUGUCAAGUAUAAAUUAUAAAUUGUACACAGUACUUUUUUACUGAUGAUGAGCAGAAUUUAAUUCUGCUGCAUAACAGCACCAGAUUUGGUCAGAGUAAAACUAGGCCUUCUCAGGUUACAUUUUGUGGUUAGUGACCAAUAACUAUUGCAUUAACUUGAUUGAAAUAUCCAGGUUGCAAAUAUUAAGUAACUAUUUUUCAUGCAUGACGACUAAACUUUUUUUUUUUGGAGGAUAGUUUACGUAGUUGAAAUUUUACUACAUUCUUUCAGCUCUAACACUGAUUAUACAUUUUUAUUCCUCCUGAAAUUAAAAAUUCUGAAUGUAUGGACUUAAUUGGUAAACAGGCCUCUAUACUUGGUUAAAUCUUUACUUAAAAUACUUACAAGAUAUACUAGCUAGAUACUAUGUUUAAACCAGUUACACAAUGUAUGCAAACCAGUUUUGAUUCAUUGAGGCAUAGUGGGACAUGCAUGUGCCAAGUUCUAAAUGUUGUAUGUGAUUGUUGCUUUGAUAUCCACAUGCAGUAAAAUGAUAGCUUUUUAAGCCAAUGGUUUGUAUGGAAAGACCAAAUUGGAAUUGUUUCAAUUGCAAAACCAAGUUAUUUCUAUGAAGAAGUCAAAAGACUGAAGAGAAGUGUACUGCAAUCUCUGCAGCUUUGUCUUCCCACUAUAUUGUUAUUUUCGUGAAGAGAUGGGCAGCCUGGGUCACUAACUACUUGACUGUCAUCAUGGCAGAAAGGUUGCAAUUUGAAGUGCAGUCAAUUUUUGUGUCUGUGAAGAGGAGAGUUUGCAUAUUGCAAAUAAUGAACAUCCAAAAGAUGUAAAUUUCUAAACUUUCAGAUUAGAUAUGGAAGUUGUUGAACAGCUGAGUUAUAUUGUCUUGCCUCCGACAUAGUUUACAGGAUAUUGAGGAUUUAAGUUUUAAAACAUUUCACUUUAUAGAAAAACUCACCAACUUUUUGUAUACAAUCUUCUAUUUAUGCAUGCCUUACACUCUGUAGAUGAAGGUUUCCUAGUCGUAACCUGAUUAAACAGAUUCUUUUUGCAUGCAUUGUACUGAUAAACAUGAAUCAAGUGUUCACUGUGGUGGUGACAAAACCUAAUUUAUACCCUCAAAUACAUAAAAACACCAUUUCUAAUAAUCAAUCUGUGCUUCUAAAAGUCUCUGAUAUCGUAAAUAUCUAAUAUCCUAACACCCUACUCAUUUACUUAUCUCAAUUCUAAACAACCGCCAAGCUUGUUUCACACCCUAAGUUAUUUGGUAAAUUCAAGUGGCUCCAAUUAGCAAAACCUAUAAAUGUCUCUGUCAUCAAGUGGUCCUAGUCAUUUAAGUAAAUCCUUUGUUUUGUAACCCAUCCUCAUGGUUAACACCUUUUUCUCCCUUUAAUUUGAAUAAGAAGUUCAGGAAGAGAGUAACAAUUUGCUCUUUAAAAAAUUGAAUCCACAUGGCUGUAAACUCUGCUCUGUACACUCCAAACUGCCUACCAGCAUAACUACAUAGUCUCCCAAGUUUUAAAAAGUUGAAUGGAUAGUGCAGUGCCUCUAGUUUUUCCUGUCCUCCACCUCACACCAACCGAGUCUUUUUAAUUUUGUCAAACCCUCUUUCUUUUCCAUCUCUUUUAUCAUCUCCCUAACAAACUUUGCUUUCGUUUAGAUUAGAAGUCACAUUGCAUUACCUCCCAUUUCCCCUCCACAUUUAAAUUAUAAGACUGAAUUUUGAAAAUAAAGUUUGAAAUGAACCAAGCACUACUAUAACAAAAAAUAAUUCAAGUUUUAUGAGCCUUCGAAAUGUUUGAAUUUACCAUGAAAAUCAAUGAUGCUGGACCUAGGAGUAGAAUAAAAGUCAUCAUGCCUUUCAAUAGCACUCUAUUCUGGGACUUUUAGAUAUUGUUGACAAAUUCUAUGUCAUAAGCAUUGAUUUUCCAGCAAGCCUAUGGGGUGAAGUCACCUUGAUAAGUAAAAUGCUGUUCAAGUGCUAAACUAUUUUUUAAAUGACUGAUUGGCCUGCAAUGCUCAAGUGAGGUUAGGUGGCAUGUAACCAGUUGUCUUGAGCCUGAUGGUGUUUUCUAAUCCCCCAGUAGCUUUUAACUCUGCAUGUGUUUCACAUUUGACUUGCUAAAUUAGACUGUUUCUGCAAAGCUACUUAAUAUAAACUGUUUUAUCGUGGUCUUUGUUUUCACUCCAGGAGAUCAGCUCUUGGUAUUCACACUGCUGCAUCUGGCUUUUUAUCCCAGCAGCAAACUCCUACACCCACGGGAGGAGGAAAACUGGUCUACUGUGUGGAUAAAAGCAGAAUUUGGCAGUGUAAACACUUGGAACUGGUUCCUGGCUUCAAAACAAGUAAAACUAGUUUGUGGUUGAGAUUAGUUGUGUUAAAUCUCCACACAUUUCACUUGCACAUUAAUUUUGCAAUGUAUGAAAACUGGGAUCAGGCAAGUGAAGUCUUGUGACACUACAUGGAUUCAGAGCAUUUGAUGAUCGGGAUUGAAUGCAAUUACAAUGGGGGCAAAGCCAGGUAAGGGAAAGGAGAGCACUUUUGAUACUAGUUGUGCAGAACUAAGGGCCUUGUCUAAAUGAUGCAGAUUGUGUCACGUGUUGGAUGCAAGUACAAACACCACCAAAUGGGAUAAUUGUUAAGUCAACAUUAGGACUUUGUGAUUUUAAAAACUAGAUGUGAUGGAUUUGGGAAUGAUAUUUAUCUUCAAACUGAUAAAUGUAAAGGUUCACUUGAAACCUGGAUGUGCUUUUUCUUAACCUCAUGAGCAGUGAAAGAGAAACUUCAUCCAUUGUUUAACAUGUAGAAUUAAAAUCUAUUUUUGCCCUAAACUUUGCCCAGUUGCACACUUAACAUCUAUGUUGUUCACAAUGGGUUAACCUGUAUGAUCUGACAACUUCUUAAUAAUAUAUUCAUUUAAAAACACUAAAGCAGAAUUGUUUAACAUUCUGUUGCAAUUUUGUAGGUUAUCCUGGCUCUUUCUGGUUUUGAUCCAUUUUGUAUGUAUCAUCUGGUUAGAGUGGUAAUGAACAGUUUUUGCUUUUUAAAUAUAGCAAUUACAUGAACACCUUGUAUAAUUGCUCUUCUCUCCUUUGCCAAGUAAUGAUUUAUUAAAUCUAGAUGUAUAAUUUUUAAGGAAAUGUAUCUAAGAUUCAUUCAAACUAAAAUCUGCUUGAUCCAUAAUAUUUUUUAAUGGUUUUAUUGUAAAUUAUUCUUGGGACUGGGUGGAGCAAGAGUUUACAAUUACUGCCUUUUUAUUGGGCAGACUUUACCCAGUUACCGCAUAGUGGCUCACUCCAACAAAAUGACCAGUAGUUAUUUACAAAUUGACACUUUCACAGAAUAAAAGUUAGAUGGCAUAAUAUGUGCCAAAAUAUACAUUGGUUAGUGAGGGGUGCACUUUAGCUUUUUUGAAUUGGACAAAUUAGAGACACUUAAGUUUUGCAUCUGAACUAAGCUUUGUCAUACCUGCUCAGUGAGUGCUUAAUGCUACCAGAGGUGGAAAAUGUUUGAUUCUUCAUUACUGGUAUCCUUUCAAUGCAAAACAAUUCACUUCUGAUUUUCUUUUCUCUGGGUUUAGAAAAAAAUGAAUCUGUAUUAUCAGAAGCGCUGGGUCUGUUAUUGCUGAUAACCAAUGGCUAGCCAGCAUUUUAAUACAGUCCUUUUUUCAAAUAUUCAAGGUAAGUAGAACUCCCUUGAAUAAGGCAACUUUUUUCUGUAUUUACACGUGGACAUGUGCUACAGUAUAAUGGGAACAGCAUAUCACGUGAAAUGAUUUUGCUACUUGUGCAAAAGGGCCCAUGGGUAAUUUAAAAUGGAACGUAUCAGCCAAGAACAAAAUUAGUACCUUUAAAUAGUUUAGAAAAACCUCUCCAAUUAUAAUAAAUUCUGAUUUUGUACCUACUUGAAUUUUUAACAAUUAAGUCUAACAAGAACCAUUUAAAUUUAACAAGUGGCAAUUUUAGCACUUCCAAAAAAAAUUCCCACAAAUAUUGACAUUUUUAAACCAUUGAUCCUAUUUUCCUAAAAAUACUUAAAUUUUAUUACCUUUAAAUUUACUGGCUGUAUAUAAAUUCCUUUAGGAUAUGUUACUAGCAAAGGAUUAUGGCUACUCGUGCUGUUGGCAGUUAAUCACUAACCUGGGAGGGAUAAAAGGCUGCAGUCAACUUGGGAGAAUUUCUUUCACCUCUAUUUUAGUAUUUGUGACCUACCUCGCAAAAGCUGUUUUCAGGGAUAAUUCAGACUAUUCAGCUCAAUAAAUUGAACAGUUUUUGUUUUUGAAGCCAAAGUAGUUUUUGCAGUAGCACAGAAGUGGUCUGAAAUGCAGUGAGACUAGAGAUAUUUGUAUGAAAAGUGUACUUCACCAGAAUUUUUACUCCAUUGUAAACCUUCUAGAUGUAUUUAAAGUGAAAUGAAAUGGUUUGAUGUUUUGUUAUAUACUUUUGUUUCAAGCCUCAUGCCAGUUUUGCACUUGUUUGUUUUCUAGCUCCUUAGGAAAAUUUAUUUUUGUAUGUUGAAAUUUUCAAAUUUUUUUUUUCUGGAUGUUUAGUUUGUCUGAAAAAAAUAAAGUUGUAUGAAGUAUGAAA